UGCACACAUACUGCGAUGGCGGAUAAGAAAGUUAACGAGUUCUACACUCGGCCACCCGUACUUGGAAAAUGGGAGAGCUUCCGCCAAUUUCUGUGGAAUUCGGAGACCAAGCAGUUCCUAGGAAGGACAGGAGCUAGCUGGGGGAAAAUCCUGCUGUUCUAUCUAAUUUUCUAUUCAGUAUUGAUAGGAUUUUUCGCUGCAAUGUUGGCUGUGUUUUAUCAAACCUUAGAUAUGAAGAAGCCCAAAUGGGAGCUAAAAGAAUCGUUAAUUGGAGAUAAUCCAGGUUUAGGUUUUAGACCCAUGCCUCCAGAAAGUAAUGUAGAAAGUACAUUAAUCUGGUACAAAAGUAGUGAUAAAGGAAAUGUACAGUACUGGCAAAAUCAGUUAAAAGAUUUUUUGAAAAUUUACAAAAAAGAGAAACACCCCUAUGAUUCAAAUAUUAUGACAUGCGCGGAUUUCCAAAAUGCAACAGAUGGUAAAGUUUGUGAUGUACCAAUGACCGAGAGUUGGCAUCCCUGUCUGGAAGAGAGUGGCUUUGGUUUCGGUGAUCCAAAAGGAGGACCAUGCAUCUUCUUGAAGUUAAAUAAGAUCUACAGCUGGAAGCCUGAGUACUACGAAUCGUCAGACCUACCAGACGACAUGAGCGAACAUUUGAGACAAAAAAUCAGGAAGGCGCAAUCAAAACAGGAGCAUAAAAUGGUAUGGAUCACCUGUGAAGGAGAAAAUCCUGCUGACAAAGAAAACAUUGGACCUUUCCGUUACAUACCUCGAGACGGAUUUAUGUCGCAAUACUUCCCGUUUAUGAAUCAGAAUGGCUACUUAAGUCCAUUAGUAGCCAUUUACUUUGAGCAGCCCGAACGUGGCGUUCUUAUCAACAUCGAAUGCAAGGCUUGGGCGAAGAACAUCCACCACGACCGCGCGGACAAGCGAGGGUCCGUCCAUUUCGAACUGAUGAUAGACUAAGCGGCUUCCCCGCAGCUCCACCUUAGCGGCCAAGAGGAGGCUCUAACAACUGCCAUCAAACAAUAUAAACCACGGGGCUCGAUUUUUUGUAUAAAAUUAAGUAGAUCAAGGAUGAUGACGGUCUAGAUAGUUUAGUUCUAUAUCAAUUAGUUCACAAACCAUAGCAGUUUGGAAUUUUAACUCUGCCACUGUUAGAUGUAAUUGGUUUAGGUCGCUUUUGGCCACCCCUGUACUCGGCUUCGGCUGGUCCACGGACCCCCCAUUAGCGUCCCGCAGGGGGGCGCUGGUGGGAUCCACCAACUUACUGCAUAACAAUAAACAGCCAUUUUCGUACAGUUUUGCUGAAACCGUGCUACGUAUCGACGCAUUACAAUAAUAUAAUUGUUAUUAAUUGUAUGGUAAGGGACACUUGAGUAUGUUCUGAUGAAAGACGAACCGUCUCCGUGUUGUGAUAGGGCGAUUGUGGAAUAUGAUUUAUGUACAUAACCUUUCGUUGUAACUUUAGAUUAUGCAAAAUCCAUGUGUAUUUGUUUUAUAGUAAUUAUUAAGCUCAUUUUAGGCAUUAUAUAUACAUAUAUUAAAAGUAUAAAAAACUAUGUGUUAAGCACUGUUACAAUGCUGUAGUUCUAUCGCAGAACAAAAGAUUAUGCAAAAUUAAUAAGAUAUUGUUAUACAUAGUAACUACUUAAGUGUUAAUUGUACUUCAUAGAGUUUAGAUACUUAUAUAUUAGGUAAUAAUCAGGUUUAAGAUUUUCGAAUGAUACUACCACCUGUUUGCAAAGUAGGACUGAUUUCUUUUGGGGUGCAUUUUGCAUAUCAAGAUGGGCGAACACUCAGCCCAAAUUAACACGGAUAGUGUUAAUAUUAAAUUUUGCUACGACACACUUCAAGCGCACAAACAACUCUACAACGUUCAUAUUCCAAAAGAAGUCACCAGCGGGUGAUGCACGCAAGUCUGGCGGGUGUACGAUAUAUAAUAUACAGUUGAAAAAUUAUUUUGUGAUAUUCCUACACUACUCUAUUUAACAGAGAAGUCGUCUAAUAUAAACUAACUUGUAUAUGAUUCUUUCUAAAUUGUUAAUACGACUAGUACCAAAAAAUUGAAUAUUAACACUAUCUCAACUUAGAUUAUAACUGAGAGAAAUAUUGUACAGAAUAAUAAUAUCUGUUAUUAUUUAAAGGUGGACAUUGUGCGUCCGCUAAUAUUAAAAUUAAAGACUAAACGCUAUAUGGUCAUUGUUAAUUUAAAAUUCUCAAUUCUAAAUUAUAUAUAAAUUGUUGUUAAAAGUCAGUUAUAACCUAAGAUCAGCUAUACAAGAUCUCAAUAAUUAAUGGCGGACCUGCCGUUCACCAAACGAAAUUAAAAAAAUAAAGAUAUUAAAAAUUGUUUUCGCUAUGUACUUACACAUUGUUAUUCCAGCAAUGUAUAAUAUAAUAAAUUAUAAUUUUAAUUCUAAUAUAUUGUACCUAUAUGGUCUAAUGUUGGGCACAGUCUGGAACUUCAUGUUAUAACUUCAUGUCUUACCCAUAUUGUGCAUCGACGAUGCACGUUUCGAAUAAUUUGAGUAUGCUUUAAUGUAAUUUUUUUAAAAAAUAAAUAUUAAU